AUGGCCGAGGCAAACCCUCUUCUAUCAACCGCCCGUGCAUCCGACACCAGUCCACAGAUCCAGCUCCACCCUCUUGUUCUCCUCACAAUAUCCGACUACAUCACGCGGCACACGCUACGAAAACAAGACGGGCCGGUCGUAGGCGCGAUAUUAGGCCAGCAAGAUGGCCGCACCAUCACCCUGGAAGUCGCAUUUGAGUGUUUGGUCAAGGCAAACGACGACGGUGACGCGGUGCUCGACAACGAGUGGUUCAACGACCGGUUGGAGCAGUUCAAGGAUGUCCACAAAGCCCCCGCCCUCGACCUCGUAGCAUGGUUCACCCUCGCCCCACCUUCCGGCCCUCAACACACCCACCUCCCUAUCCACCGUUACCUCCAGACCCUCUACAAUGAGUCCGCACUGCUGCUGCUCUUCCACCCCACCGCCGUCCUCGAGGGCACGGCAACAGGCGGCAAGCUGCCCCUCACCAUCUACGAGAGCGUCACGGAGCCGCGGUCCGGCGCGGAGAAGUCGAGCAUGGAGAUCGACGCACCAGGUGGCGAAGGCAAGGAGCUCAGGUUCAGAGAAUUGCCGUACUCGGUUGAGACAGGCGAGACGGAGAUGAUUGGGGUGGACUUCGUCGCGAAGGGCGGGGGGAACGCGACGGCCGUGGAUACUACGAAGACCCAGAGCAGUGCUGCGGGGAAGUCCAGUAUGGGGAAGGGCAAGGCGAGGGCGGGAGAUGCGCAGGUGAAUGGGGCUGUGGAGAGCGAGAGCUUGGAGCUUUCGCCCGAGGAUGAAGAACUCCUCUCCUCCCUCACUGCAAAGCAAAACGCAAUCCGCAUGCUCCACCGCCGCAUCUCCCUCCUGCGUGCCUACCUCUCCAGCCUCCCACCCUCCUACCUAACCGACGCUUCUCUCCCCUUCUCCCCCACCUCUCCCACGGAUCCUCCACUCGACCACACAAUCCUCCGCUCUCUCCGCGCCCUAACAGCCCGCCUCCCCCUCCUCACCCCCGCAACCCCAACCGCCGCCUCCGCUUUCCAGUCCGAGACCCUCGAGCAGCGCUCAGACCAUCACGUCCUCCCUUGGAUCGGCCAAGGAGCUGGGUCGCAAAAGCCAGGUCGUUGA